UUUGAAAUAAUAGAGGGAACAAGGUUCCAGAAAUCAGCACCUGGAUUAGAAGAGGUGGACUAAAAGAGACUCUGAAAGUACUGCUCCGCAAUGCCGCGCACCACUUCUUUAGAGUCAUGCCAGAGGCCCUGCUCAUCUUCAAUGCCCGAAAUCUCAUUUUUGCGACGGCGAAUAACAGUUUUGCGGUGAAAGAAAGCCGUGUUCUUAUCCCCAAGAUUUAACCAAGCCAAGCGAGACUUUUGCUUCCAAAAAAUUUCCUCAUUACGCCACUCCUCUGCCAACUCCUUUUCAAGCUGAAAGAUCUCUGAGCGAUCAAAAAGGUGGCAAUUGGAUUUCGAAGUAUCAAGCUGGCCUUGGAUUUGCUGAAUGCGAGUAUAAGAAUUAUUAGAACGACCCCUGUUCCAGCUCUUGAGAUUAGCUUUUUAGGCAUUAAGUUUCUCUUUGAUUCUAAAAAGGAUGGAGCCCUGGAAAGGUGAAUCACAAGAAUCUUUGACAAUGUUGGAACAGUCGGGGAAUUUCAGCCAGCGAGCGUCAAAGUGGAAUUGUCUCGAGCCAUGAGGAACUUGAACAUUUAGAUCCAGCAAAAGAGCUACAUGAUCAGAGCCAGAGACUGGGAGGUGAAGGAGAGAGUAAUAAGGAAAAGCGCUCAACCAUUCUUGAGAGCAAAGGCCUCUAUCAAUCCGGGUCCAUAUCGUGUGAGGAUGCUCCCUUUGAUUACACCAAGUAUAAGGGAACCCUUUGAAACCCGUAUCCAAAAGGUUAUAUGUGAUAUCAAUUAUUGCAUUAUUUGAUUCCAUGUUCCUUGCGUGGUGGUCCUUGAUGUAAUAAUUAUUGCAUUAUUGGAUUCCAUGUGAUAUCAAUUAUUGGAUUCCUGUUCUGCCUGUCGGCUCUCCACAGAGGGUACAGUCUACGACGUUUGUCUUCAAUGCAAGUUUUUGCUGCACAAAAUGUGAGCUGAAUUGCCGCUGCAGAGUAAUUUACUCAAAAUUCCUUUAGAAUCAGAAGAAAAGAGAUGGAGAAGUUUGAAAAUUUCAGCCACAGGCAUUACUUGACCCUCGACCAAAAGGAACGUAAAGAGGGGGAUCAAAUGACCUGCUAUGGUUGCACAAACAAAAUCUGGAGUGAUUUCUAUGGUUGCACGCACUGCAAACAUUACAUCUGCAAAUCAUGUUUUGGAUUGCCGCCAGAGAUGCUACACCCCUUUCACAAGGAACAUCCCCUCACUCUUCUCGCUGAAUCACCUUAUAAAGAAGCAAGUGCAUCACCGUACUGCCACGCCUGCCGGGUGAAAUGUGAAGGGUUCAUUUUCCAUUGUUCGGAAUGUAAAUUUGACCUAGACGUUAAUUGUGCUACGCUACUUAUGCCCACCACCAACAACAACAAGGCAAGUGAGCAACAAACUCACCCUCAUGCCUUGAUUCCUUGUUAUACUAAGUACAAGCAGAUUGAAUUUUUGUGCUGUGUGAGCAAGCAAUCCAUCAACGGCACCAUCUAUGUUUGUUUAAGUUGCCGAGCUAUCGUGGAUGAAUCAUGUAGCCAACUGCCACAGCAGAUAACACAUCACAUUCACCCUCGCCGUACUCUCACACUUACAAAUUAUGGUGUUAAAUAUUUUAAAAGUUGCAAAGCCUGCGGGGUUUCUAAGAAUCGCUUCUGCUACACCUGUUCCGGCUGUUCUGAGUGUUUUGGGCGGUUCAAAUUUCAUCUGGACGUAAGGUGCGCUUCUCUAAUCCCCAAAAACCAACUGCAGGAGGAGGUAGUUGUUCAAGCACCCGCUUCAUUCACCCACCCGCAUGGUUUGAUUCCAUGUGAUAGCAAAGGGUUUUUUAAUUUUUCGUGUUCCGCCUGUUAGCUAUC